CAAAAAUAGUAAUCUCCUCUUACCUCCCACUCCCACACUCUCCUCUCCUUCUCUCCACUCCUUCCCUGCACUCAUCUCCUUCAAUCUUUUCCAACACAACUGAAAUUCAUUCCAUUUUUAUGUUUCUUAAUGUUAAUUUUUUCUUGAUUAGUUCUCAUCCCACUUGAGAUCUCUCGAUCUUUAUACAUACGCAGAUAUAUAUAUAUAUAUACACACACACUGACUGGUUUUCACUGGUACGGAGAAGCUCCGUCGUCAAAAAAUGGCGACAACCCAGAAAACCAGACUCUCCAUUCUCUGUUUCCUUAUGCUUCAACUUACAGUACUCUCACCCGCCACAGCCGAAUCCACCCGCCCGGAAACCAAUGCGACUGCGACUCCAUCAAAAUACCAGAUCGCAUGCACAAUGUGCUCUUCCUGCGAUAAUCCAUGCCAGCCAGACCUAUCUCCUCCUCCUCCUCCUCCUCCACCUCAACCGUCGCCUCCUCCGCCGGCGAGCAACAUCUGCCCUCCACCACCUUCGCCGCCCAGUUCUUAUUAUUACUCGCCGCCGCCACCCUCUCAGCCUAGCUACAAUUACCCGCCACCUUCUGGCGGAGGCGGCGGCGGAGGAGUGUAUUAUUAUCCCCCGCCGAACAAAGGAAAUUACUAUCCUACACCACCGCCUCCCAACCCGAUUGUCCCGUACUUCCCUUUCUACUAUUACAACCCUCCUCCGUCUUCUCCUUCCACGGCCGCUUCCGUUAGGAAAGAGUUUCUGGGUCACGCCGUUGCCGUUCUGUUCUCUGUUGUUCUCUGUUUGGUUUGACGGAGAUCAGCGGAUCUGGGAAUUCGGAGGAGAGGGAAAGAGAGAGGAAUUGAGAGCUGAUGACGGUUGAUGCCUGUCCGAAGAAGAAGAAGAAGAAAAGAUCAAUCCGACACCGUUUUAUGGACAGAGGUUGGCAUCUGUUUCUCUUGAGAAAAUUUUCUUCUUUAAGUAAUUAUUUCUUCUCUCUUUCUCUGGUCUCUGAUUCUGAUGAUGCGGAAGAAGAAAAAAAAAAAUAAUGAUAAUAUUAAUAAUCUGUAAUUUAUUGGUAAUUUGUAUGUAAUUUUUGUUAAAUCAAUAUUAAAUGUUUAAUUAUAAUUAAUUAAUUAA